ACUCACUGGGUUAACACGAGUAGGCGGAGAAAAUAACUCUUCAAAUGAUAAUAAUCUGGUUGAGAAAUCUUGUCCCUGUGGUUCUGGAAAUUGCUUAAUUCUUACUGCUAAAUGCUAAUACUGUGAAAAAUCCAGGGUAUUGCUUGGGCUACCCAAUGAGGAACUUAGCAUACAUAUAUAAUCUCUGUGUUGCUUCGAAUAUAUAUUCAUUCAAGUAUGGUUCAAUGGCAUUUUGAUGGACCAGGAAAAUGGAGGCUGUGGAUUUUUUGAGUGGUGUGACAAUUUGUCAGCAACUCCUACGUCUAGUUACUCUAGUAGGGUCCAGGAGUCUGCGUCAAAUACUUCAGUUGCUGAUCUUCCAUGCCUGUGCGGUGUUGGUUCCUGCUUAGUUCUGACAGCAAAGACUGGACAGAAUGUUGGCCGGCAGUUCUAUCGUUGUCCUAAUCAGGGGAGUCCGUGCGGUUUUUUCAAAUGGUGUAUCCAGCAGAAUUUAGCAGUAGGUCACCGCACAAGUUACUUCGACAAUGCAAACAACAAAAGCUAUAGCGCUGCAAGUGGUCAGAGUCCAGUUCGCUCUUCAUUCAAUGUAGGGAGGAAUUCUGCUUCAGCAGCAGCAUCUUAUACUUAUAACCAAACAAGUAACUUAGACCCAGCGAAAACUUCAGUGGAUCAAGUGAUACUUGUUUUAAUGUGGACCGCUUCUGCUACCAUUACUGAUUUGAUAACAGAAGGCUUGGCAGCAGGGCAAUCCUUAUCGUUAAGAAAUUUUAUUUGACAGGCUGCUCUGACCAAGUUGUAUAUGCAGUAGAUGGGAUUUUAAAAUGCAUGACUGACUGACUGUUGCUCAUCUCAUUCAGUAGUGUUGUAUGAGACUUUACUCUCUUUAUGUUUUUGAAAUCAUAAAUUGAUUAGCGGUAGCCCACGAAAGCUGAAGAUGGUG